AUGGAGAGUUACGAGCAGCGGAAGACCGAGCGGCACCGGAAGCGAGUUUUGGACCGGCUGAACUCGUUGGAGAAGUUUGGAUUGAAACGCGCCAAAGUUCUGAAGUACAAACGCAGAAGGAUGAAGCGUCAUAUCAAACAGCAGGCCAGCUACACCCUGCCGCACGAGUUGGACAAGUCCCCCUUUGGUGUAGUAGCCACCCACAUUACCAAUACCUUACGCAAGCUCAAAGGCGACAACACGGAACCGAGAAGUUGGCGCUCAAUCGUGGCGGAUGUCGAGAUCAAGGGCAAGGAGAUCAAGAUGAGGCGAAAAGAGCUUGAACUUGGCGAGGAGGACGAGGAAACAGAAAUGAUGAAGCUGGCGGAGAAUAAGAAGAAAAACAUGACUCUUGACGAGCAGCUGGCCCAGGAGCCAGUCAAGUUGAUGAGAGAAGGCGAGUGC